AUGGCACACAGCAUCGCACAGUACACAGGGACACGAAUCGAUUCAUCUGCAAAGCACAUUGUUGCCUGCAAGGUGAACCAUGACCUUUACACGGACAUGGGGAACACAGAGAAGGAUCUGACGCAGAACAAAUACCGCUACGCAAUGAUGAAGGACGAGAUCGUGCUGAAUGUGAACCGAAUGACAAAAAACGGGAUAAACGAGAAGGGAGAGUUCCACGAGACCUACAAGCUCUUCGCAUAUCCAUCGGUCAUCACAACCCUGGGAGACAAGGUCCCGCAAGGCCUGAAGCAGGGCAUUCGUGAGCACUACCGCACACUGUCACCCGAUGACAUCACCAAAUACAUCUCAUACAGGGACGAGGCAAAGAAACAGCAUGUCUUCCCCUACCUCUUCAGCAUGCAGGGCAUCUCUGUCGGCACGGCUUACGCCAGCGACCUCUCGGGUGACAAUGUCGCUUCCGUCAUGAUCGGUGGCAUGGCCACGGUGCUCAACGGGCAUUGCCUCGGGCUACCACCGCAGAUUCAAGCCAGGCCCCGGGAAGGAGGCGUUCAACAGGGAGAUGGUCAGGAGGCACAUGAAGCGGGCGCCUGCAACAUCAUCAUGUUCUACAUCGACGAAGCAACUCACACGUACAUCAACCUCGAGAACACCGAGUCCGAACCGAUCAACAUCCCGUGCCAUGCCACGGAGAAGGAUAUCAUCGAGGAGGCCAUCAUGGCGCUGAACGGCAUCGAGAGCACAGACCCACAGAGUCCAAUGCGCUCGUUCUUUGUCGGCCACCUGCUGCACGUUAAGACCCUGAAAAACGAGAAGGAACGGCAGGAGGAGCUCAUGUUCCGAGAGUAUGUAACCAGUCACUAA